AUGAAUUGUUCAAAUCACACGCAGAAUCACCCAGACUCGGCUCAUCAGGUAAUUUUGCUGCUGUUUACUGUGCCAACCUUCUUUAUCGGGUCAGCGUUGAACGGGGCAGCUUUGUACACGAUCUGUUGUGCUAUAAAGCAGCGGACCAAGCCCUUCAUCUACAUGGUCAACCUUGUCAUCUCAGAUACCCUUCUACUCUUCUCUUUGCCUUUCAAAGUCUAUGCCUUCUAUGUCAAGGAAGAUUGGAUCCUGAAGAUGGAGAAGAGCUUCUGCCAAUUUCUUGAAUCUCUGUGUUUCGUGAACAAUUACACCAGUAUCCUGGUGAUAACCCUGAUCUGUGUGGAUCGGUACGUAGCCGUCAGGUAUCCUUUCAAUGCCAGAACGAACUCAUCCCCAAGAACGAUCGCGGGAAUCUGUGCUUUCAUCUGGAUUACCGUGUGUAUUUGUACUAUUAACAUCUACUUCAAAAGUCAGUCGAAAUCCUGCUUUUACUUUAUCUCUGCAGACGUUUUGAGGCUUGAAUUCAUUAUUCCUCUGGGAGUACUGGUUUUGAUUUGUGCACUCACAAUGCUAUUCUGUUCCCUUCACAUUAUCCACAGCCUGAAUACUCGAGCCAGUGAGACACUGGACGGGUGCAAGGAUAAAUGCGUCAAAAUCCUCCUUUCAAAUCUGUUCACUUUUCUAAUCUGCUUCACGCCCUAUCACACCGUAUUGCUGUUAUAUUCCUUGGCUGUUAAUGGUUCCCUCUCGGGACAUAACUGCGAACGUCUGCGCCUAGCUCUGCAUUGUACCUUGUACCUGGCCAAUGUCAACUGCUGCCUGGACGCAAUCUACUAUUUCUAUGCCAUCAAAGAACUACGCCGGUCUCAGCAAAUCCCAGACAAGAAAAUCCAAAUGGAUGUCUGCGACACAUCAGUGAGCUCGACGGUCAAUCAGUCGCGGAACUCUCAUUCACAUUAG